AUGCACCCCGGGGCUGUGCAGGGUGCUGCCUGCAUCUGGGGUCCCGAUGGCUUUGAGCUGUAUGCCCGUCGCAGGGUGUGUCCCAGCAGCCCCCAGACACUGCCAGUCCUGUCUUCCCGCCACCGCUCCAUGCCAGGCCCACCUGCUCGCCCCUCUCCCCGGGGCAGGCUUCCUGUGGAGGAUUUCAGCCUGGACUCGUCCCUGUCUCAGGUCCAGGUGGAGUUCUACGUCAACGAGAACACCUUCAAGGAGAGGCUCAAGCUGUUCUUCAUCAAGAACCAGAGAUCCAGCCUGAGGAUCCGGCUGUUCAACUUCUCCCUGAAGCUGCUCACGUGUCUCCUCUACAUCGUCCGAGUCCUGCUCGAUGACCCGGCCCUGGGCAUCGGAUGCUGGGGCUGCCCGAAGCGGAACUACACCUUCAACGAGUCCUCCCCCGAGAUCAACUGGGCGCCCAUCCUGUGGGUGGAGAGGAAGAUGGCCCUGUGGGUGACCCAGGUCAUCGUGGCCGUAAUAAGCUUCCUGGAGACCAUGCUGCUCAUUUACCUCAGCUACAAGGGCAACAUCUGGGAGCAGAUCUUCCGUGUGUCCUUCAUCCGAUGGGCGCCGCUGAGGAACCUGUUCAUCCCCGUGUUCCUGAACUGCUGGCUGGCCAAGCACGCGCUGGAGAACAUGAUCAAUGACUUCCACCGCGCCAUCCUGCGGACGCAGUCGGCCAUGUUCAACCAGGUCCUGAUCCUCUUCUGCACCCUGCUGUGCCUGGUGUUCACGGGGACCUGCGGCAUCCAGCACCUGGAGCGGGCGGGCGAGAACCUGUCCCUCCUGACCUCCUUCUACUUCUGCAUCGUCACCUUCUCCACCGUGGGCUACGGCGACGUGACGCCCAAGAUCUGGCCGUCCCAGCUGCUGGUCGUCAUCAUGAUCUGCGUGGCCCUUGUGGUGCUCCCGCUGCAGUGCGAGGAGCUGGUCUACCUGUGGAUGGAGCGGCAGAAGUCGGGGGGCAACUACAGCCGCCACCGGGCCCAGACGGAGAAGCACGUGGUGCUGUGCGUCAGCUCCCUCAAGAUUGACCUGCUCAUGGACUUCCUCAACGAGUUCUACGCCCACCCCCGGCUCCAGGACUAUUACGUGGUCAUCCUGUGCCCCACCGACAUGGACAUCCAGGUCCGCCGGGUCCUGCAGAUCCCCCUGUGGGCCCAGCGCGUCAUCUACCUCCAGGGCUCGGCGCUCAAGGACCAGGACCUCAUGCGAGCCAAGAUGGACAACGGGGAGGCCUGCUUCAUCCUCAGCAGCAGGAACGAGGUGGACCGCACGGCGGCGGACCACCAGACCAUCCUGCGAGCCUGGGCCGUGAAGGACUUCGCCCCCAACUGCCCCCUCUACGUGCAGAUCCUCAAGCCUGAGAACAAGUUUCACGUCAAGUUCGCAGACCACGUGGUGUGUGAGGAGGAGUGCAAGUACGCCAUGCUGGCCCUGAACUGCAUCUGCCCGGCCACGUCCACCCUCAUCACCCUGCUGGUGCACACGUCGCGCGGCCAGGAGGGCCAGGAGUCCCCGGAGCAGUGGCAGCGCAUGUACGGGCGCUGCUCGGGCAAUGAGGUGUACCACGUGCGCAUGGGCGACAGCAAGUUCUUCCGAGAGUACCAGGGCAAGAGCUUCACCUAUGCCGCCUUCCACGCGCACAAGAAGCCGCGGCACUCGCUGGCGGCCUCCGACACCUGCUUCUACAUCAACAUCACGAAGGAGGAGAACUCGGCCUUCACCUUCAAGCAGGAGGAGGCGGGCCGGGGCCUCGGGGGACCCGGGCGCGGCCAGGCCUCACGCCUGCCGGUGCACAGCAUCAUCGCUUCCGUGGGUGAGCUCCGGGCCUGGGCCCGCACCCUGCCCGGCCCCGCUCUCCUAGGCCUGGGCCUCCGUGUGCACGUCUGUCCAGGGCGCACCCCGGCCGCCUGCGGGGCCUUCUCUGGUUGCUCCGCCCUGCUGCCCUGCGACCUGCUGAGCGACCAGUCGGAGGACGAGAUGCUGCCCUCGGACGACGAGGGGCUGUCGGCGGUAGAGUAUGUGAAGGGCUACCCCCCCAACUCUCCCUACAUCGGCAGCUCCCCCACCCUGUGCCACCUUCUGCCCGAGAAGGCCCCCUUCUGCUGUCUGCGGCUGGACAAGGGCUGCAAGCACAACAGCUAUGAAGACGCCAAGGCCUACGGCUUCAAGAACAAGCUGAUCAUCGUCUCGGCGGAGACGGCGGGGAACGGGCUCUACAACUUCAUUGUGCCGCUGCGGGCCUACUACCGGUCCCGCAAGGAGCUCAACCCCAUCGUGCUGCUGCUGGACAACAGGCCCGACCACCACUUCCUGGAGGCCAUCUGCUGCUUCCCCAUGGUCUACUACAUGGAGGGCUCCGUGGACAACCUGGACAGCCUGCUGCAGUGCGGCAUCAUCUACGCGGACAACCUGGUGGUGGUGGACAAGGAGAGCACCAUGAGCGCCGAGGAGGACUACAUGGCCGACGCCAAGACCAUCGUCAACGUGCAGGCCAUGUUCCGCCUCUUCCCCAGCCUCAGCAUCACCACGGAGCUCACGCAUCCGUCCAACAUGCGCUUCAUAGUCGCUGAGAUCACUAAGAAUUGCAGGGUGGCCACAGAGAGCAUGACCCGGGGGGCUGGGGCCCCAGUGUGCCCAGUGGGGACACGGAGCCCGGUGCCCAGGGCUUGCUCAGCUGCUGGUGCGUGUACUCACGCACACGAGCGCAUGCCACACACCAGGCACGGUGCACACCUCCCGCACACGCCUGCACAUACGUGUGCCCCUGGGCCGAGGGCCCCGGCCCCGCUGAGCCGCCCUUUCCCGCAGAGGGAGCGGGAGAACGGCUCCAACCUGGCCUUCAUGUUCCGCCUGCCGUUCGCCGCCGGCCGUGUCUUCAGCAUCAGCAUGUUGGACACGCUGCUCUAUCAGGUCAGCGGGCAGAGGCAGGAGGAACCACAGCGGGCGGCCUGCCCUGCAGAUGCCCAUGAAGGGCUCAGGCAGAGUUGGGGGGAGGGCACCCCCAGGUACCCAGGCUGCCCCUGGUUUCCUUUCCAGCCCCACGACCUCAGAGUCCAGCCCUCACCGCACGCCCUCGGCCAGUCCCAGGUCUCGGUGAGCAUGGAGGACUGCGAGGAGGCAGAGCACCCGCUGCUGCGGCGCAAGAGCCUGCAGUGGGCCCGGAGGCUGAGCCGCAGGAGCUCCAGGCACGUGGGCCGGGCGGCUGAGGGCAUCAGCCAGCAGCGGGUCAGCCUGUCCCGGCGCUCCGAGCGGCAGGAGCUGUCCGAGCCGGUCAAGAACCGCAUGAAGCACCUGGGGCUGCCCACCACCGGCUACGAGGAUGUAGCAAAUUUAACAGCCAGUGAUGUCAUGAAUCGGGUAAACCUGGGAUAUUUGCAAGACGAGAUGAACGACCAGCAGAACACCCUCUCCUACGUCCUCAUCAACCCCCCGCCCGACACGAGGCUGGAGCCCAACGACAUUGUGUAA